CUCCCGGCAGGGUCCGCAGGAGGCCGCUGCCCGCGGCUCAGUGCUGCCCUCCCGGCAGGCUUGAGCUCGCCCCGUGCUGAGAUGGAUUACGCCAAGUCCCUGAGCCUGCGCCUCGCUGACCCCAUUUCCAAGUGCGUGUCGGCGAGCGCGUCCGUGACCCAGCAGCUGCUGCAGAGCGCGGCGCCGCGGCCCCGGCCCUUCCGCGUCUGCAACUGGGACCGCAGCCUGCGCAAGGGCCUCGUGGCCCGCAGCCUGGCCGAGCUGCUGAGCCAGGCUCAGAGCGCCCUGCUGGCGCCGGGAGCCGUGGCGCUGGUGCUGGAGGAGGACGGCACGGCGGUGGAGACGGACGCCUUCUUCCAGACGCUCGAGGAGGGCACGGUGCUCAUGGCCCUGGCCACAGGGCAGACGUGGUGCCCCUCCAAGUCACCCGGCUACCAGCUGAGCCUGUCCCACAAGCCGCGGCGCCGCAUCGACGUGGCCUGCGUCACCUUCGACCUGUACAAAACCAGCCCCAAGGACCUGGGCUGCCUCAACGUCAAGGCCACCCUCUACGGCACCUACAGCAUGUCCUACGACCUGCGCUGCUACGGGGCCAGGCGGCUCGUGAAGGAAGCUCUGCGCUGGACGCUCUUCACCAUGCAGGCCACGGGCCACGUGCUGCUGGGCACCUCCUGCUACAUGCAGCAGCUGCUGGAGGCCACCGAGGAGGCCAAGGAGGAGGCCGGGGAGAGCGUGCCGGCCCUGCGGAGCCUGCUGGGCCCCGGCCUCCCGCCCAGGAAGGUGCUGCCGUGA